UGCUGUUUGUCACAGUGACGCUUGCUAGAGUUUUCUUCUUUUUCUUUUUCUGUCAACGCGUCUUCACAAACAGAUGCUCUGCUCGGGAAGUUACGGACAAAACACGGAUAAAUCCGACAAGUCGUCUUCUCCCGUUUCCAAGAGGCGCUCUCACACGAAGGAUUUCUUCUUCUCUGCUCUCCUCUGACCUCCACAAGUGACUCUCAACCCCCCUUCAACAAGGAAAACCUCCUCCUACUCAGAUCGAGGCUUCUGAGAAAUGAGCUGCCAAUGAAUCACCUUCAAAGUCAUCAGUCGUCUGUACUUGGCCCGGGGGUCUUCUAGAAGGUCGGACCUCCUCGCCACCAUGAAAGGGUUGGGGACCAACCGUAACAGACACCUGUCUGACUCCUGUGAACCUUCCUCGGGCCAUCCGGAGGCCCUCUACUCUCAGAAGACCAGCACCCUCCCACGCAGCCCUUACUUGCUGAGCCCCACAAUGGACCACUAUGGAACCAUGGAUCCCCACCUCUAUCCUUCAGCUCACCAGAGCUCCCUUCCACCAGAAUGCAUGCUGCCCCUCAAUAACCAGCUAUCCAACAGCAGCACCUUCCCCAGGAUUCACUACAACUCCUACGACCAGUCUGACUUCUCCCCACCUGGAGACAGCAUCGGGGGGAUAAGUACAGGCACCAUGGGCACGUCCAUGUCUAUGGGCAUGGGAACGGGUAUGAGCAUGGGCAUGAGCAUGGGCAUGGCAGGCCUGAGUGGACGAACACCUAUGAUUACAAGCGGCUCAGCAACUAUAUCGCAUCAUAUGACCAAGAACCAGGCACCAUCCAGUCUGCUGGAGUUUGAUAAGCAGCUACCUGGGGGCCGUGACGGAUUCAGCACGUUGCAGUUUCAUCGAACGUCUGCUGUCGCUGCCGACAAGCAGCGUACAGACAGUCCCGGGCGUAUCCGUUACAUGCUGCACUCAGUGCAGAAGCUCUUUGCAAAGUCCCAGUCACUGGAGAGCCACAACAUGAAAGGAAAUGUCAAUGGACGCUCCACUGGCAGUGGCGGCGGCUCGUCUGGCACCGAAGACGGAGGGAAGCAGAAUCGCAGAUCCAAAAGUAAAGAUCGGGGUACAAAAUCAGAGGCCACUGCCAAGAGACGACCACGCUCCAACAUGUCAGGCUAUUGGAGCUCAGAUGAUUUGGACAGCAGCGAUUUGAGCAGCUACCAUAACACCAUGGCCAUGAUGACUUUGGGGCGCCCAACUGGCCAUGAAACCCAAGGGGGGCAGAGCAGAUACAUCCACAGUGGCUACAACACUAUCAGCUCCUCUAAAAGCAGCCAUGACAUGAAGUAUCAGACACUUGCUGUUCAUGGGGGUGGAGGAGGUGGAGGUGGUGGACUAGGUGGAGGAGGCAGAAUGGUAAUAAAUGAUAAUGACUAUAUGAAGGGAGGGUCCUGGUCCACGCUGACCAUGGGCCAGCCGACACAGGUGAUCCAGAAGGGCUCAGCUACUCUGGACAGGUCCAUGCUCAAGUCCAAAUCCUGCCAACCUGAACUAACCUGCAACUACCUGCAGGUUGGACGAAGGGGGGAUUGGAGUAGCACAUUAGGCCGCAGUGGGGGUGCCAAUGAAAUCCCAUGUCGGCGGAUGCGCAGUGGCAGCUAUGUAAAGGCCAUGGGAGACAUGGAAGACAGCGAUGACUCGGAGGGAAGCCCCAAACCCUCGCCAAAAACCGCCGCUCGUCGCCAGAGCUACCUCAGGGCUACGCAGCAGUCUCUGAGCGACCAGCUACCCCCACGCAACAGAACCCUGGAUUACUCCAUGUUGCAGGGGGAGCUGGACGCCCUGUGGUCUCCACUCCACAGUGUGUCCUCUCUGCACCAGCUGGGCAGGUCAAUGAGCAGCUGUCUUCCAUCUCUAAGAGAGCUCUCCAAUAAUCGCAGCCUGGACAACCUAGACUGCAUUGGGGGAACUGUCUCUUCUUUGCCACGCUGGGAUGAUGAUGACUUCAGCCAGGCCUGCAGCACCUUGAGCAGACGUAACUGUUUGGCACAGCUACGGGACCUGGAAAUGAGUCAUCAUUAUGAAGACCGCAGCUCCGAGUCCACAUUCAGAGAUUCCCGUUCCCAAUCUCAGGACAACCCCGAGCCUCUAGACUUGCCCAUGCCAACAUGCUUCCGAUCCCGCAGCCACAGCUACCUGAGAGCCAUCCAGGCUGGCUGUUCCCAAGAUGACGACACAGCAUCCAUAGACUCGGGCUGCUCACCGCCUCCAAUUGACACCACUGUUCGCACCUACAGCACCAGCACUGUCUCUACAUGCAUAACCACCUGUAAGAAGGCUGCUCCCCCGCCAGUGCCGCCCCGUACAACCUCUAAGCCCUACAUCUCCGUGACAGUACAGAGCAGCACAGAGUCGGCCCAAGACAACUACCUGGACCAGCAGGACCGGAGGUCGGAGGUCAACAGCCAGUCAAGCCACGCUCACAGCAACUCCUCUGACAGCCUUGACAGCACUCGUGCCAACAGCCUGGCCCGGGGUAUCCCCCGUCCUCCACACAUCAUCCCAACUCCCAUUGCUACUCCAAGAGAGCCAAUCGCUCCCACCACCUCUAAUGCUUCCACUGAGACAAGUGACUCAGUAGUCCAGCAUGAAUCACUGAAAUCAGGAUUAAGCAAAGGGAAUCUUGGAGCAGAAGAGCCCCUAGUGGCACCAGUACCCAGGCGGAAGCUGUCCUCCAUCGGCAUACAGGUUGACUGUAUUCAGGAAGUUCCAAGAGAGGAGACCCCACCAUUGGCCAAAUUUCAAUCAAUCGGAGUACAGGUGGAGGACGGGUGGCAGCUCAGUCGCUCCAGUAGCAUGGCCUCAAAACAAGAAACAGACUCAGACACACAGGACAUCCCUGUCAUCUCCCAUAUCAAUAACGCCAAACAAUCUGAGAAGAAAGUCAUGGUCAAUAGUGCCAGCCAAUCCAUGAGCUCUCCCCCUGGCCAGGACUUUUUAGACAAUGGAGACACUACUGGUGACACCUCUUCACCUCCACCGCCCAGGCAGAUUCUCAACCGCUCCACUACACGAAGUAGCUCUUCCUCCUUCUCAGAAAGUCUGGACCCAGCACUGGACCCCUCAUCUCUACCACCUCCAGACCCUUGGCUGGAGAGUGGGAAUGGGAGUAAUAGCAGUGUGCCCCACAGCGGAGGUGGCGGAACACUGUGUCGGAGAGAUGGCCACUGGUUUUUGAAGCUGCUGCAGGCAGAGACGGGACGCAUGGAAGGUUGGUGCCAGCAGAUGGAGCAGGAGACCAAAGACAACCAGCUCUCAGAGGAGGUGCUGGGGAAGGUUCGCAGUGCAGUAGGAAGUGCCCAGCUCCUUAUAUCCCAGAAGUUCCAGCAGUUCCGGGGACUUUGUGAACAAAACUUGAAUGUGAAUGCCAACCCGCGGCCCACAGCCCAGGACCUGGCAGGUUUCUGGGACCUGCUGCAGCUCUCCAUCGAGGACAUCAGCCUCAAGUUCGAUGAGCUCUACCAUCUCAAAUCCAAUGACUGGCAGCCCAUGCCAUCUGCGGCUGCCCAGUCGCCCCCUGAGCGGAAGGACGAGGAGAAGGAGGCCACUCCAGCUUCAAAGAAGCCCGCUAAUAAGGGACGACCAUCGCUGGGCCGCGAGAAGAGUACCGACUCCUCGUCCACCUCUUCUUCGGCCUCAGCAGAGAAGCAGAGACAUGAGGCUCGCAAGCGUCUGCUGGCUGCUAAAAAGGCAGCCUCGUUUCGCCAGAACUCCGCCACAGAGAGCGCGGACAGCAUCGAAAUCUAUGUCCCUGAGGCCCAGACUCGCCUCUGAGAGAGACAGUGAGCGGGAAGGAAAUAGGGUCGGAUCAAAGGACAGAUAAGUGUCGCUGAAAUAUCUGGAAAAAGGAGAGGAAAAACUUUUGCAAUGCAAAUGAGCUACUCUGAGUAAAGAUGGAUGGAGGUAGGGGGAGGAGAGGUCAAAUUCCCAGAGAUUGGGACGGGGGUGGAUUUGGGCAUUUUUGACACACUCAUACAUUUAAAGGCUGGUCCUGGUGGCAUCCAUCUCUUAUUUAACAAAACACAAAACGAAUAAUUGAACUGUUGUGGACUCGACAGACUACGAAGCAGGAGACUCCUCAUUCGAGGCUGCCAUUGAAAACCUCAGCUGAUGAACAUUGUCAUUUCUUGUUACUUCUCUUUAUCAUAAAAUUGUUAAUGAAGGUAUUGUUAUUAUGACAAUUAUAUCCUAAAGAAUCUAUAUGAAGACUGUUUUAAGCGUUCCUCUAUCUUGGCUAUAAGAUCUAUUAAGUGGACAGAAGGCAAACCUUAAUGUUCUUCUGUCUCCCAUCGGCUCCUCUCUUCCCAGAUCACUGGCCAUCUUGUAGCUUUGCACAACACCGCCUUGUGGCCAUCACAUACACACGCACACAUUUCACUCACACACUGCACUCACACACUGCAAACUCACACCUAAAUGUAUGUCUUCCUUGUAUUUAUUUGUUUACUUUACACAUCCUUUGUUUUGUAUAAAAAUCCAUUUAGAUCUGCUUAUCAUGAAUAUUUUUGGUAUGAUGAAAUUGAAGGUCAGAUUUGAAGGGGUAUUUAUAUUGGUCCUAACUCUUGUGUGUGUCCUUCAAAAUGGUCUUGUGUCAAAGAUUUUAAACACUGGUGAGAAUCUGUCAAGUUUAGUUUCUUAAUGGUUUUUAACAAAAGCACAUCCCGAGCAUGAGGUUCUCUGUCAGACAGAAUGUCAGUGGCCACAACAUUACUGAAUAUUACUUUCAUUGUAGGGAAAACAUCUUCAACUUUUUUUUUAAUCUCUCUGUUCCAUUAACAUUCAUGUUUGUGCUGUAACUGCUGACGCGUGUAUAUUCCAGUCAGGAUUUUUCUUCCAUUCCUUUGUUUAAUGCUUCUUUAAGUGCUUUUAUUAACCUCACUUUCAACUCAUACAUCUCAAAUGAAUCUAGGGCUUUUAUUGAAGUAAUGCAGCAGGCUGAGUAUGCAGGAUAAUAUUGUGUCAUUGUUCAUUGGGACACACAUGAGGAUGUGUGUGUUGCUGAUAUUUUUAUACUAUGUUUAUGAUUUAUUUUGCCUCCCAUUGCUCAACAAAAUGAAUCUUAAUUCUUUGUUACCAUUAUUGUUUCCCCUCAUUGAACAUCAUCCAAAGUACCUGCACUUUUUUAUUCAAAGAAAAGAUAUUUAAUUAAAGCAUUACAUACAUUAGUCAUUGUGUUUUCAUCAUUUAUUAAAUGUGGCUUGCUUUUCUUUUGUUUUGUUUUUUGUUGUUUUUUUAUUAUUGUUUAUGGAAGACUGCAUAAGCCAAAGAUGAAUUCACUGUUUCAAAUUCAUCUGACGUAUUUAAAUGUCAGCAGGAGGGAGCUCAACGCUAACAGUGCUUACUGUGAAAAUAGAUUGAAGUGUUAUCACAGCACUGCAUGUUUUACAGGUUUUAUAUUUUGGUAUGCACAUGCCAGUAGUUUAAAGGGACAGUGUACCCCAAAAUCAAAAAUGCAUAUCUUCCCUUUUUUUUUUUUUUAACUUAUCAAUCUCGGUUGCUUUGGUGUGAGCUGCAGAUUGUUGGAGAUUUUGAGAAGCUGAAUACUGAUUUCUGGAAAGAGACACUGCUCUAUAGUUCUUCAAAUGUUUGGAUUAUUUUGUGUAAGGAAAGAGUAGCUUCAUUAUAUUUGAGAGAAGGCAAACACAUCUAAAGGAACACCAAACAACCAAGAUUGAUAAUCAGAGCUACAGGUAAGACCUUUUUAUUUUUGGAUGAGCUGUCCCUUUAACCAGAACUACCCAUCACUAGAACAAUACAGUGUACUUGCUUUGAAGCAUUUAGCACUAAGACCCCUCCCCUUCUCAGCCUGGAAACUAGCACCUUGAAAUGUUUCAUUUACAACCACCAGAGGGCAACCGUGAUUAAUUUUCAAUCCAAGAUCCAGUACAUUGUUGUGUACUGUAUGUAUGCAUACAAUGAAAAUGCUUUCAUCAGCCCUGCCCUGUUUUGCAUUAAGGGGGACACAUUGUGUGUAUUACACAUAUUUACCUCUGUCUCAUGGAAGCCACUUCCCAAAACAAAGGGGCCUCUUGGUCUAUGAGUCAUUCAUGUAGACACACAUUUGGUUUUCACUCUAGACAUUCGACCAUAAAGUCAACCCUGGCAUGUCUUACAUCAACCACGGCUGUGCCUGUCUUCCACUCAUAUUUGGUUUCUACCAAAUGCUAAGCAAACUGAAGUUGCCCUUCCUAAUUAGUUAUGUUAAGUAUUACAAUGUCACCGCUUUAGCUGCUGCAAUGCCUCUUUUUCACCCACAGUGACACAAAAAUGCAGCCUGAGGCUUUGAUUUGGAAAAGCCUGAUGACCACCAUUCUCUCUCUAUCUUGGCAGGAGCUUUCUCUUGAUGGCGGGCUUUUGUUUGCCUGUUGUGUUUGCCAGCUGGGGAUGACUCUCAGCAAGGAAAAUGGCUCGGGGUGUCAAUAGAGUCUGUUCCCUGGUUGCUGUCAAUGCCCCCCCUUUUAUUUUAGUGGGGAGGAUAGCAUCGUUAGCACCUGAAGGCCUUUUGUGUGACUUGAACUCAGUCGUUUGCUUGAUUUGAUUUCUGACUGCCAGGAAAAGACGUGUCUGACAAGUUGUUUUUCUGAAGUAAGCUACAGUAUGUAGUGUCAAUACAGGUGUCUGUUACUGACACUUUUUAAUUAUCACUAUGUCAUGGAUAUUUAAUAUUCAAUCUUAAGAAUGAAUAAAAUCUUAAAAUGGAGGGUUCUUGCAUAAACAACUUGAAGGCAAGAUAUUGAAACAACUACAUUUAAAUCUCUUUCCCAUGCAACCACUACCAGAACAUUUUUAACAUUCAUAACAUAUCAUUUCCCUUUUUUUUCAUUUCCCACAUUUUCAGGCCCCAACCCUACUGUCACCCUUCCUCACACAAAAACCUUAGGUCUGCCUGAUUUGAACGCACAUCAAACACAUUGUGGCAUCUCAAGUACGCUGAGGGAAGGAGGGCAGGAACACAGACGAUCUAAACAUCACAAACUUAAAAAGCAUUGCUUUUUUCCAGCCUGCUAAAUCUUGGAUGUGCAAAAUGCUAAGGGAUGUCAGUGACAUACUUAAAGACAGAAAGGAGAGCUCAUCUCACACAUUCAAACAAGGCUUCCCUCCAAUACACAUGUAUCACUGGGACACACCUAGGUCUAUUUCCUGGGUAGGGUUAUCAUGAUCCAAACAGCUGCACUGUGGGGGGGGGUUGUUGUUGUUGUAAAGCCAGAUUUGAGGGUGCUAAUCGUACCCUAUAUAGAUUUGAUGGAUUUGGCCUUUUAAAGUAAAAACUGUCAUACUAUCAUUUGCUUAAGCAUAUCAUUUUCCUGUUUUGGAAAAGCUUCAUUUUAAAAAAGUCCACUGGCUUUUCAAUGCUUGUAUUGAGCUGCACUCUUUAAUGUGCCUCCUUCAAUACUAAAGUUGGUAGAAUAUGUUAUGAUCAAUAAUGUGGAGACAAAGCUUAAAUGUUAAACAUUUACAAUCUGAUUAUGUUCCAACUUGUACCAUACCUUCUGUGAUACCAGUGGAUCAUUACAUAUUUCAUUAUAUAUUCCUCUUAAAAUGGGCUGGACACCCCACAGUAUGUAAAGUUUAGCUCCCCUUUAAGAUUGUUUUAUGUAUCUUUCUGCAUUUCAGGACUGAGGGAAAACAAAGUUUGGUCAGUAGAGGCUGCAAGAGAAGAGAGUAUACCUCAGCUGGGAUACCAGUGAAUCCACUCCCAUACAGUAGUCCAAAGGCCUGCUUGCAAAAAACCAAGCUCAUUAGCAUCUGUGCUUUGUCCCACUGAGUCGGGCAUAAAACUGGGAAAGGGGUGAGGGGCAGAGCUCGUACCACAAGAGAUAUGAUAUAGCAAAAAGUGUCUGUAAAAAUACUAGAACAAAUAUUUUAUGACUCAAGCACAUAUUUUAAAGACUAGGGUGUGUUCAGUAUAAUACUAUAUAGGUUGUGUGUAUGUCAGGGUUUGUGGGGGUUUAGUAUAAAAGGGUUGUAUUGUUUGAGACAAAGUUGUGAGUGAAAGGGUGUGUUGUUCCUAAAAUGAGAUUUACCUACAUUCUUGUCACUAUAUUCUGGUAACGUUUAAAGUAUAUGUGCAAUACUGAGUAAAAGGGUUCUUUGAUAUUAAAAUUAAACUAAUAAUCUUGCAUCCCACCCCCCCUCCCUGUGCUUCUUAAAAUUGUCUUCUGUAAAUAGACCAGACUGAAAAUCUCCAUCUUUUACAAUGCUGUAGAUCUAUUUAUACUAUUUCAAGGUUGUUCAAAUGUAUAAUGGAGAGACGUAACAUUCAAUAAAAUGCACACAACACUUUCUCAAAAA